AUGUUGUCAUUUCAGGGAGGUGCCAUAAGCACUUACGCCGAUCUUGGUCAAAUUUAUACUGACCUUUCGACCUCUGAGAUUCAGGCUCAACUAGAAGAGAAACGUGAAUAUAUUAAAAAAGAAAUCCGACGCGAGAUGAAGAUUAAGGAAGGAGCAGAGAAACUUCGUGAAGCCACGUCGGACAAGAAAAGUUUGUCUAAUGUUCACAGUAUGGUGAAGAAAGCAAACACCAAGUUACAAGAUUUACAUCGAGAGCUUCAAGACAUCAACGCUAUUUUACUUGUUGCUAAUUGUUCUACUCCUGAUGCAGGCCCUGAUUUAUUGAAAACACCAGAGAAAGCUGGUGACCAGACGGACAGUCCAUCUGUUAACCCUAGAAUAGUCAGUUUACAAAAACAAAUUACGAUAGAACUUAAGGUAAAACAAGGUGCAGAGAAUAUGAUAGCUAUGUAUAAAUCAGGUUCAUCCCGUGAUAAAAAACUACUAGCUGAAGCUCAACUUAUGUUAAGUGAUGCUAAAACUAAAAUAGAAAUGAUAAGAAUGCAGAUAUUAAAAGUUACACAAGAUACAUCUUCUUCAGAGUCUGGUGAAGGAGGUAAAAAAAUUAACGAUCACCUAUCACCUACAGAUCAGCGUAUAGAAGAAUUACGACACCAUCUAAAAAUAGAAUCGGCAGUAGCUGUCGGAGCUAAUAAUGUUAUAAAGUUAUUACAGGCUAAUAAAGCUGAUGAUAAAAAGGCCAUAAAGGAGGCACAUUCAAGUUUGAGUGAAUCCAGUCAAAAAAUGGAUUUAUUACGAAUUUCAUUAGAAAAACGAUUAUGUGAACUCGAACCCAAAUCUCCUAAAAUUGAACUGUUAAAAGAAGAACUGAAUGAAUUAAUGAGUCCACAGAUAACUUCUCACAGACAUUCUAUAACUGCUCAAACUCAAAAUACGUCCACAUUACCUAAACCAGCUGCCAUGACUGGUAAACUGGAAGUUCGGCUGGUAGGUGUACAGGAUCUAUUAGAAGAUAUACCAACUAGAAGGAAAGAUAGCACCCAGCUACUGCUCUCUAGCCCCGGGGAGAGUAAGAGUUUAUUACGAAGAGGCAGUAGUAAGGUGUAUAAUAUAAAAGAUGAUUUAAGCAAUGAAGUAAUGGCAGUAUUAAAGUUAGAUAAUCAACAAGUUGUACAGACAGCUUGGAAAUCUAAUAGUCAACAAUGCUGGGAUCAUAGAUCUUCUAUAGACUUAGAUAGGUCUCGAGAAUUAGAGAUCUGUAUAUACUGGAGAGAUUGGCGUCAGAUGUGUGCCGUGAAAUUUCUCCGUCUGGAAGACUUCCUUGACAACCAACGUCAUGGUAUUACGAUACAUUUAGAACCAAAGGGUAUACUCUUUGCCGAGAUCAAAUUCUUAAAUCCAACGUUAAUACGAAAACCUAAAUUACGCAGACAGAGAAAAAUAUUUCCAAAACAUAAAGGAAAGAAUUUUCUGCGUCCAGGUCAGAUGAAUAUUAACGUAGCAACAUGGGGUAGAUUGAUGAAACGAGCCUUACCCCCAAACUGUGCUGAUAGUAAUAUAGCUAGCCCUCCCUCUCAGAUCAUGUCACCAGACAUGUUUCUCAAUAUUUUAAUCCUAAUUGCAGGUAUCAUGGCGUCAGAUCGAGGGCCACCAGUUCAUGAGAUUAAUUUCUCCCCUCCCAGCAGUGAAGAAGAGCUGGGAUCAAGGGAGAAAACUGAGACAAACAACCUUCACCCUGAUGUCAUUAAAUCUAUCACCACGUCUGCUUCUUCUCCAUGUAGAAUGGAAGAUUUUAGAUGUAUCAGUGUAUUAGGUAGAGGACAUUUUGGAAAGGUAUUACUUGCUGAAUAUCGUAAAACAGGAGAAUGUUUUGCCAUCAAGGCGUUAAAGAAAGCUGAUAUCAUAGCACGAGAUGAAGUGGAAAGUUUAAUGUCUGAAAAACGUAUUUUUGAAGUCAUCAAUUCAAUGAGGCAUCCAUUUUUAGUGAAUCUAUUUUCCUGCUACCAAACUGCAGAACAUGUGUGUUUUGUAAUGGAGUAUGCGUGUGGUGGAGAUCUGAUGAUGCACAUACAUAAUGACGUGUUUUCAGAACAGAGGACAGUGUUUUAUGCAGGAUGUGUAGUUUUAGGUUUACAAUAUUUACAUGAACAUAAUAUUGUUUAUAGAGAUUUAAAAUUAGAUAACUUAUUACUGGAUGUUGAAGGCUAUUUAAAAAUAGCUGAUUUUGGUUUAUGUAAGGAGAGUAUGGGAUACGGAGAUCGUACCAGUACAUUUUGUGGCACGCCUGAAUUCUUAGCUCCUGAAGUUUUGACGGAAACAUCCUACACUAGAUCUGUAGAUUGGUGGGGACUUGGUGUUCUUAUCUACGAAAUGUUAGUCGGAGAGAGUCCCUUCCCAGGAGAUGAUGAAGAAGAAGUUUUUGAUUCUAUUGUAAAUGAUGAAGUUCGAUACCCACGAUUCUUAUCUACGGAGGCCAUCGCCAUCAUGAGAAGGUUAUUAAGGCGUAAUCCUGAACGAAGAUUAGGAUCAAGUGAAAGAGAUGCUGAAGAUGUUAAAAAACAGGCCUUCUUCAGGAAUUUAAAAUGGGAUGAUUUGUUGAUGAAGAAAGUAAAACCACCGUUUGUUCCCACUGUGAAAAAUCCAGAAGAUGUGAGUAAUUUUGAUGAGGAGUUUACAGCUGAACGACCUGUUUUAACGCCACCAAAAGAACGUCGAGCCUUGAACGCCGGAGAUCAAACCAUGUUCAAUGACUUUAGUUACAUCGCAGAUUGGUGCUGA